AUGAAAAUUCUCAAUGAGUUCAAGACUCUCUAUGACUACUCUAAGGGUAUCAACGUUGCUACACCUGCCAAAAGCAACUACAUAGCCAGGUCUUAGAAGAAGUUCUACUCGUUUCAAGAGAUAAAGACCUUCCUCUCUAGUGCAAAGAAUCAUAUUAAGAAAUAUAAUACUGCAAUUAGUUAAGCAAUAGGCCACGAAUGUGAAGCUUUCCUAAGUUAGUUGAAGUAGAGUUUGAGGGUACGUGAAGACAGUCCAGUUCUGAAAAUCUAGUACCUUACCUAGGACAAUGUCGAUAUUCGUCAAUACGGGAUGCAUGAAAGACACAUUAAUUAAAGCAAGAACCAGGAUAUGAGAUCGCGAAAAAGCUAGGCAUGUAAAAACAAAAAGAAUGCUGAACUGCAUCCCAUUCCUGAUAACUGCAAAGGGAAGAAGUUGCAAGGGAAGCUGUUUGUGUUAGACCUCUGGAAAUCUCCUAAAUUUUAAUUCCCCAGCUGGGAAAGAUAAUAUGAAAGCAAGCAAGUCAGAUAUACUGUCCCGAUAUCCUAAUGA